CCCGCCCCGCCCCAAGGCGGAACUGGAGUCUGCGCAGUAAGAAGGGCAGCAAGGGCGCGGUGGAGUGGGGCUGCAGUGCAUUGUGGGAACCCAGUGGGUCGACUUGGUCUUCAGGGUCACAGGGUGUGCUCUACCGCUUCCCGCUGCCGGGCAAUAUCGUCCGCAGUCUGCUCGCUGGUCCUGCCUGCCGCUAGCCCAAGACCCGGGGCCGAGAGUAAGUGCUGGAGCCUGAGUUCUCCCUGGAGUUCGCUCCACACCGCCAGACGCAACAUCUGCCCUGCCUCAGCAACUCGACUCCUGCCGACCGCCCUGGAGCCGCUAAAGGAUGUACACCUGGGCCUUGCUCCACCCGGCGGUGGUCCCACUCGCCUAACCAUCCUCUCAGGCCACUACCUCUACUAUCACUACGGCUGCGAUGGUCUGGACGACCGGGGAUGGGGCUGCGGAUACCGCACUCUGCAGACGCUGUGCUCGUGGCCCGAUGGCCUGCCCACGGGUGUGCCCGGAUUGGUGGAAGUGCAGGAGGCACUGGAGGACAUGGGUGACAAGCCCCGUGGGUUCCGGGGCUCCCGGAGCUGGAUAGGCUGUGUAGAGGCCGGCCUCUGCCUCGACUACUUUGGAGGGCCCCAAGGGCGCCUCUGCCACAUUCCCCGUGGAGCUGGACUUCAGGGAGAACUGGAGAGGCUUUACUCCCACUUCGCAGGGGGCGGGGGGCCUGUAAUGGUAGGGGGGGAUGUGGAUGCCCAGUCUAAAGCCUUGCUGGGAGUCUGCCUGGGGCCAGGCACCGAAGCCUACGUCCUGGUAUUGGACCCUCACUGCUGGGGUGCUCCAAAAACCCCCAGUGAAUUACAGGUUGCUGGGUGGGUGGGCUGGAGAGAAGUGUGCACAACCUUUGACCCUAACUCCUUCUACAACCUGUGUUUGACCAGCCAUAACUCUGAAAAGCAGCUGCAUGCCCAGGACUGAGAGGAUUGUCCCUGGCCCAGCACACUCACCUUCCCACUCUCAAAGUCAGAGGCUUAGAGACAGCCCACUGUCAGGCCCCCAGGAAGUCCCUGUAGAGCCUGGGACCUUUGGCAUCAAUAAAGUGGCAAGACCCAGCUUAA